AUGGAAACUUUGGGUGCAGUGCGAAGUUUGAGUGAAUUGAAGAAAAUCACCGAGGAUGAGCAGCGUUUGGUGCUAUUGUUGCAGGAAGCCGGUAUAUUGCCGUCGGAGCAAAUGUGCAACAAGUGUAACCGGCGCAUGAAGAUGAAAGCGACCAAAAAAGCUAAUUCGUAUAAAUGGAUAUGCAAGCCGACGACCAGCUGUACCGGGUGGGAGUGUACUGUCCGUACGGACAGUAUAUUCAAGAACUCGCAUCUACCCCUAUCGAAGCUGAUAGAAAUAACCUUCGAGUGGUCGCGGGAUGCGAAGCGGACGGACGCAGCAUUGGAGUGCAGUGCCGGCAAAAGUGCCAUAUCGAAAUGGUACGCUAUACUUCGAGCAGUAUCCGCGGAAUACAUCGAGACUAACCAGGCUCCAAUUGGUGGCGAUGGAAUGACCGUCGAGAUUGACGAAUCUGUCGUCACCAAGCGGAAGUAUAACCGCGGACGCUUCGCGGAAGGCAACCAAGUCUGGUUGGUCGGCGGUAUCUGCCGCGAGACACGGGAAGUGUUUCUGGAGCUGGUGCAGCAACGGGAUGCUGGCACAUUGCAUGGCAUCAUUGUGCAGCAUGUGGCUCCGGGAACAACGUUAGUGACUGAUGGUUGGAGGGCCUACAACGGCAUCGAACAGUACGGAUAUGUUCACGUAGCGGUCAAUCACUCCGAAAAUUUCGUGGAUCCGGACGAUGGCUUUGUGCACACACAAAAUAUCGAAAACCUGUGGCGUUGGGUAAAGCCCUUUUUAAGAUCUAAGGGCACCAACCGAGGAGCCCUUAUCGCGUACCUACGGGAGUACCAAAUGAAGCGGCGGAACCAGAACGGCUUCCUGAGUGUGUUGCGCGCAAUCAAAGCUGUCCAGGACUUUGGGAACAUGGGCAAGUCGACCGGAGUAAAGCUGGAAGAGAUUGAUGUCGUCUGCUAUCUGCUAUUGACGAUGGGGCCGACGUACGCAACGGUGAUAACAGCACUGGAAACGAUGCCGGAAGAAAAGCUGUCGCUGGAGUUCUGCAAAUGCAGAUUUUUUGAUGAGGAAAUUAAGCGGAGCAGCGAUAACAACAGCAAGUCGAAUGGAUCAGCAGUGGAAGCGGCUGCAUUCAGCGGAUCAGGAAAACCGCAUGGGGGAACACAAUAUCAGAAGAAGAAAAAGAAGUUUACGAACUGGAAGUGUUUCAGAUGCCACCAGACUGGGCAUAAGAUUGCGGAUUGUCCUGAAGAUAGGAAGAAGAAGAAAGAUACAACAACAUCGGGUGCGCAUUUUGGAACAGCUGGAAACAACAUUUGUUUCAUGAGCAGUGACAAUGACGGACUACCCAAAACGAGAUGGAUUAUCGAUUCCGGAUCUUCAGAGCAUUUAACAAAUGAUCGUGGUUUGUUUGAGAAGCUGUUGCCAUUGAAGGAGUAA